AUGACAGAACAGCUUCGCCGGACACACAUCAAAGCAUCGAAAGCCUGCACAGAUGUAUCGCAAGUCUUUCAAAGCACGUUCGAGGACCGCAGCGGUGAGAAGGAACACACGGUUCACCAGAAUGACCGCGACGUUGGCGCCCACCAGUUGGUCACACUCCCCAACACGACCGAUACAAACAAAACUGACAGCAGGAUUCAUCUCGAGGAUCAGGACAUAUAUCAACAUCGUGACACUAUGACCCACGCACCCUCACAAGGGCAUUCCGAUAAUCUCCUCACACCAAGUCUGCACACACGCCAUCGUCGGCGGCGAGAAGAGAUGGACAGUUUGUCCACGGUGGAAUGCACACUAGGAGAUCUUGCUUUCUCUGCAUGUGAUGUACCACAAGUUGAGUUUCAGCUGAAAGUGACCUUUCCACCAGAGCAGUUGCUUCCACCCGCCUGCACAAAUGAAAACAUCCAAUUCUGCCGGAAUGGUGAAUUCUGCGAGCGUAUCCGAAACUACGCAGUCCACGUUCUCAUUCGCGAAGGUGUUGACAUGUCUCAGUUCCAGUGCCUCCUUGAUCAGCCAAUUUGGGAUCGUGUACAUUCCAUGGAGGUCAUAGGCCUUCCACAGGAAGAGGUUCCGCUCGAUUUGAUCUUUACAACCAUGACAUCCCUUGCAGAGUUGACGCUGUAUCGUGGUGCGCUCACCAGUUUCACGGCUCCCGAGGAAGAUAGCACAUAUGCCCAAUUACACACCUUGAACGUGAGUGACAACGCUUUAACGGACUUGAGUAAUGUCGUCAAGCGCCUUCCAAAUUUGGAGAUGCUCGUUGCUGAGGACAAUCCUCUGUCUUCGCUGCCAGCGGGCUCAUUUGGCGCAACCCCAAACAUGAAGACAUUGGAUCUGACAAACUGCGGUCUAACCUCCAUUGAAGCAGCUGCGUUUCGGCCUCUGGGUCAACUGCUGGUGCUUGAACUUGACCAGAAUCAGCUUACCAGCAUCCAAAGCACACUGCUGACGCCCCUCACCAACCUGAACACACUCCUGCUGGAUGGUAAUCCUUUGGUUACCUUGCCUGACGAUACACUCAGCAAGCAGACACAGUUGCAGGUAUUGAGCCUGCAACGCACACCUCUUGCAUCCUUUCCCGAAAACUUGUUCGCCGCCACAUCUGUUUUGGAGCGGUUGCAGUUGGAUCAUUGUCGACUGACCACCCUGCCUCCAAAGAUUUUUUCAAACUUGAGCGCGUUGAAAGCAUUGCACCUCGCUUACAACCUCCUGGAACAACUGCACAGGAACACGUUUCAAGGCUUAACCCAACUGGAAUUAGUCUUCCUUCAGGGAAAUGCGCUGACAGCCGUUGUUUCGGGAACCUUUGACGGCCUCAUUGCACUUCAAGUUCUGAACCUCGACCAGAAUCAAAUCAGCCAGUUGCCCCAAACGUUGCUGGCCGACUCUCCACAACUUCAACACUUCAGUCUGGCCAACAACAAUGUGCCCAUGCUUCCAUUGACGGUCUUACACAGCGCAGCGGAGCUGAAACGCCUGCAUGCACCCAACAAUCGCAUCACACAGCUUGAUCUCUCCCGAUUGAGCAAACUUACAUUUGUCUACAUGAAUGGCAAUCCGAUACGCAACUUGUCGGGCGUGCAUCAUCUUAUCGAAGUGGAAACAUUCAGUAUUAAUGGCCACGAGCUGCACGAGGUUCGUCUUGAACAUUUUGUCAACAAGCCCAAACUUGUGACCUUGCAGAUCGCAGCUGGCAGUGUACAGUCGCAAGCGCGGCUCGUGUCGCCUGUCAUCAACAGUGAAGAAGAAAAGGUCGCGAUUCAGGAAAACUUUCAGCAUCUCACGACGCUGGAUUUGCGUAAUCUAGAAGUUGAUGAUCUUUCUCCAUUCCUCCUUGCAACCCUUCAAUCGUUUGGCAUGGGGUGGCCUCGUAUGGAAGAUGGUGAUUUGUUGCACUCGAUUGUCGAGUCCCUGGCAUCAAACGUGCAGGAGUUCUUUCUCACCAGAACACUCCUCACCAAUGUCACCCUUCCAGCAGGCAGAACGUUUGAAGCUGUGCACUUGGAGCUGAAUGAGCAGAUGUUAUCUGUGGAUAUUGAUUCGAACGUUGAGUAUUUGAAUGUAUCAUACUGCCCGCGCCUGACAAGACUUGUGGCUCAGAAAGUGGACACACUGGAUAUCAGCGGCACACGCAUCCCGCUCUCUGAUAAAAUGUGUGCCACCCAAGGCCGCAGUCGCCUUUUCGCUCGAGGUUUGCUCAGUGGAACCAUUGCUCGGGACGAUCUCGUGAUAAGAGACAUGCUGCGUCGCUGCAUGGAGCAGGCAUCAGUGAUUGACCUGAGCGGCAAUCGGCAGCUGCGUAGCUUGAUGGCAGUUCGCGUCGGCACGCAGGAGACACUCGGUGUGUCUUCCACAGCGUUGACCACGAUUGGCGGCGAUGAAAUUCCAGUUCGGGACACGAUUCCCAUUCUGGCAAUGCAGAAUGCUCCAAUUGCCUGCAAUCUGCAACUGCAGAGUUUGCGUGCCUUGCGCUCCCAGGCAGAGUUACCAACCACAGAGGUCAUCUUUAGCCACAUUUGUGCGUGCGCAAGCGGGUUUCACCACAGCAAGGGUGAAUGCCACCGCACGAAAUCGCCUGUGCUCGGGAUUGCACUGGGCUCUGUCUUCGCCGUAUUGCCGGUGUGCAUCUUUUACCUCACUCGACUGUGUUAUAGGAGGCGUGUGCGUCACUUGCGCAGCCAACGCGAUCUUGGUCAAGCCCUGCUGGAUGAACGAGAGGCAGAGGUGAUUGCACUGCGUUCUGUGUGGCAAAUCAAAUUUGAUCAAGUUCGCCUCAUUCGACGCCUGGCAAGCGGUGCCUAUGGUGUCGUGUUUAAGGCUGAAUGGGAUUCCAUCAUCGUUGCUGUGAAGGUGCUGAAGCAACCGAGUGUUGACUUCUUUGAUGAUGGGAUGGAAGCUGAGUUUGAAAAGGAAGUCGAAUUUCUCCAACGAACUCGUCACCAGCACGUGGUUCGCUUCUUUGGUGCGGGGCAAACGCCAGAGAACACGCCCUUCAUGGUGCUUGAGUUUGUUCCGCUGGGCUCCUUGAAGGACUUGUUGAAGCGCGACUUCGAGGAACUGCUGGCCGACUACGCCAACCAAAUGACUCAGUCUGAGGAGGGUGGCGAUGACAACUUUGCAGAAGCCGCCCCGCUGGUGAACGAGGAGGAAGAGCACGAACUGGUUGUCGUGACCACAUCAUCGGCAUCAGCAGAAGACGUCGAUGUGGCGUCGGUCUGGGAGCUGAAGAGACGCCUCGCCCAUGACAUCGCAAGUGGCAUGGCAUUCAUCCAUAGCCUUGAUCAGAUGCACAGAGAUCUGAAAAGCGGCAAUGUGCUUGUGUCGAGCAAGCUCCGUGCCAAAAUUUCGGACUUUGGCACCAUUCGUCAGCGGCUCAGUGCAGAGACAACACGCACAGAGGCACCGGCUGAUAUGGCCUACUCACAGCACGUGGGUGCACAAACACUUGGUCUCACACUGACGGCUGGGGUGGGCACUCCACUGUAUAUGGCGCCAGAAGUCCUCGUUGGCAGUGUGUAUGGCCGAAAGGCUGACGUGUUCAGCUUUGGUGUGCUCAUGUGGGAAAUCGCAAACCAGAAAGUGCCUGACCUGAUUGCACAGGAGGUGCCAGGUUUUCGUGGGCCGAUGUUCACGAAGCUUCUUGACCUUCUGAAUGAUGGCAAACGGCUCGUGUAUCCGGCCCCGUCAGAAACGACGAGUGCGCUAGCGGCGCCUGAAUGGUACAGGGCGUUGUCCUUGGAGUGCAUGAGCCAAGUUCCGUCGCACCGACCAACCUUUCAAGAGCUGCGCACUGCUCUCCUGUGAUUUGUCUCAAGAUGAGCAAAGGGGAAGGUAACAAGAGUCGUUGAGAGACCCGGUUGAGAUGAGUGGUUCUGUUUUCUUCACGCGUGUAGUGAUAUGGGA